AAACGGGCAGGUGGGCGGACGGUGUUGCGGUUAGGGGAAAGCUCAAGGGCAAGUCCCAACCAGUCGUCGACAGCAAGGUCAUGAGCAUCGUACGGAACAAUGUGCAGCUACAAGCAAAUUCUGCCAUGAAGGAGGCAGCUCAUUUUGGUCUUCACACAACCGAUAAUUGCUGCAACGAGGUGGUGGCCGAUCAAAGCCAGCUAUUGAAACUGAUGACUUACCACAACUCGACGAUAUGUUCCGAAAUGAUUACCAUGGGAGAAUCUAAUUUCAUCGAUCGCCGUAUUGCGCCGCUGACUCAGGAGACCGCUCAGAGGCUACCAAGAAGCAUCGUCAACUGUAUACUCGGGAUUGCCGCUGUGCAUAUGGCAUCGAGGAAUCCUGGUCAUCGUGCCUUGGAGCGACUUGCGUUAGAGACUAAAGUCAACGUCUUCCAGAGUCACAAUUAUCUACUGCAGACACCCCAGAGUCAACUCGACCAGCAGCCGGAUGUGAUCAUCUGUAGCGGCAUCCUAAUCUUCGCGAUGGAUCUUAUCGAGCACGGUAUGAGCAGGUGGAUGAUCCAUACACUCGGCUCCAUGCAAGUCAUGUCCUCUUUCGGUGGGAUUGAGAAUCUCUCCCUUUUUUAUCCACAUUUGCACGUACCCCUAUUCCACGUGGCUCAUUUCGAAACGUCAUGGAUUAUUUUAUCCCACGUUCCGCUCACAAAGACAAAACAGGCUUCGCGGAGAGCCAUGGAAAUGUUGUGCAACGCUUCUCUCCCCAAGCGAAAGAUUUACAACCCCUGCCCGACUCAGCUGACCCUCGCUUUAUGGGAUAUCGGAGCAUGCGCGCAGAAGAUGCUCAAUAGCCCGCAUCCAAUCAGCUUUGCGGAGAUGCACAACAGAGAACAGAUCCUCCUUGACUUGCUUGGCUUUCAGCCAGAAGACGCCACUAAGGCCAUAAAGGAGGAAUAUUACAAAGACAGCGCAGUAACAGAGGCGAGGUUCAAGUCCUGGGAUUUGAUAAGCAGGGCAUGGAAGGCCGCGAUCACCAUCCUGGCGCUUCGCUAUCUGUACUUCGGACGGCCGAACUUAGCGCCACAGUCGCAAAUUCGAACGUCGCCAACGCCGUCAUUCGCCACUCGAGCUGGAUCUUCAUCAGCAGCUCAGCAUGAGCUUGGCGCUUAUCAUCACAAUAUAGAAGAUUUCGAUUUGAGUGAGUUCGUUGACGAGUCUGCAGGCGAGGAGAAUCUACCCGACUACCUUACGGCCGGAUUGUACCUCAACGACCCGCUAUCGCGAAGUCCGUCGCCCAUGCCGUCGCCUCUUCCCUAUACUGAGCCGCCCGCUUCGAACCUUUGGGACACUCGAUACGAGAUCCAUGACGAGGCAUUUACCGUUCUCUCGACGAACUUCAUCGCGCUCCACGAUGACCUCGAUCCGGUCUGCCUCCGCUACAUCCUCGUACCGCUGCUCAUACUCUCGCUCGUCAGCCGCCCCAAUAGCGAUGAGCGAGCUCUCUGUCUGUCAUACUUUGCGAAGUUCAAGGCGUUCAUGGCGGGCCCUUCCGAAAGCGCUAGUGCCGGCUCGCCAGCGCCGGUGAGUCCGAUUGGCGGCGAGGAGUUGGAGUUAGACAUCUCUUGGGAGAAACUGGAUGCAUAUUCCGAGAUUGUUGACCGCGAGAGAAGGGAGAAUUUACUCUCCACGAACGUUCCUAUGGAUAGAUCGGCGCCGGAGUGGAACUGGUGGGACAUGCUGAAGCAUAUCGAUCUGAACUUGGCUUGGCCCCUGACGUCCGGCACGUCCCAUUUCGAGCGCGGUUCCGAAUUCUGGGCUUUCAAGCUCAUGUCGUCCGUCGUCAACGAUGAUUGCUUCAACGUCUGGCUCAAUGCCUCGAGUUUCUCACAGGCGUCUUCAUCCUCCACAUAGUUCAUGGUAUUUGGUUUGGAACCCGUUUGAGCGGUAUUGAUAUCAUCGGCGGUGUUGAAUCGGCGUCGUAUGAGAGAUACACAGAGGCAACGAGAGAAGAGGUGAAUUCUCAACGGUGCUGGCACCUCGGGGCGC